CCACCUCGCCUGCGCCCGCCCGAGCCGACCGAUCUCCGAGCACCGGCCUCCAGCGAGCCGCGCCGCGCGCCGACGGAGCGGACAUGGGCAGAGCGAUGGUGACCAGGCUGGGGCUGGGGCUGCUGCUCCUGGCACUGCUCUUACCCACGCAGAUUUAUUCAAACCAAACCGCUGCCACGCCACCUUCAAGUAACGCCUCCCAGAACACCUCCACUGUCCCAAAUCCAACCAAUGCCACCACCAAGGCAGGCAGCGGUGCCCUGCAGUCAACAGCCAGUCUCCUUGUGGUCUCAAUCUCUCUUCUACAUCUGUACUGUUAGAGACUCUGGCCAAGAAACGUCUCUACUUCCCCAUCUUGUAAACCCAGUCCACAUGGCGACUGCAAGUCCGGUGUGGCGAGGAAGAAAUCUAAUUCCACACCUUAUGUUAUUGACGCAGAAAAUAAUGAGAGUUCCAAAUUUGAUUCAUUCCAAGGACGUGUGAAGGGAUUGACAGAUGAUGAAUGCCAAUAUUAAAUCUGCUGGAUAUUUUUUGGUACAAGAUGAAGAGAGAGAACAUCCAAGAUUGACCAUGAUUUCUUCGAUUAUGGCUUAAGAAAAAUGGACGCUUAAAACUCUACCUUGAAAACAAGAAUAGAUUUUAUCUAGAAAUAAAAGAUGGGAUGUGGAAUGGAGAUUCAGUUUUCAUUUGGUUCAUUAAAUCUCUAAGGCCAUAAAACAGUUACAUAAUAUAAAAAGCUUCCAUAUGCUAUUUAUAUGUACAUUAGAAGGAUCUACCAGGUGUUACUGUAACUCCUCAAUGUGUCUCAGCAGUACUAAUUUAAUGCUGAUAUCCUCUAGGUAAAAUUUUGCAUUGUUAAGCUAUCACUGUUUUCCUAGGAACUGAACUCUUUUUUUUCUCUGCCCUCUGUGGCUUUGGAUUUGACAUUACAUUUGACUUUGUAUGUAGUAAUUGACAUGUGCCAGGGCAACGGUAGACUGGAAUCCAUCCCCAAAUCCAAGCAUCUUGAGUAAAUCUUUCCAAAGUGAAAUGGUAGACAUCCCCCGCCCCCCAAGUUUCACUCAACAAACACACCAGAUUCAUCUAGCUAAACUGAUUCCAAAGAGUAGACUUACAUGGACCUCCACUAAUUUCAAAAUACUGCUUUUUAAAUUUCUGUAGAUGUUGAAUACUUUUCACAACUAAAAACAGUCUGUUUUGCAGAUAAAAUGAAAAAUCUGGAAAUGAGGUAGGCAAAUAGCAAAGGAGCGAAAACUAAAUAAAAGCAUUUGGGAAGCGAAGGCUGGAAGCUAACUUGCAUUAAAUUUGCAAAACCUUUUAUACUUUUUCUGUAAAUACUUUUUUUAAAAAAAAAAACUGGAUCACAAUAGCCACCUUUGGAACACGUUCUGUUCUCAGUCCAUAUUUUUAGGUAGUUAGAACUGGUCCUAAGCCUUGAUUUUUGCCAUAAGUCUUUUACAACUGUCUUGAUACACAGAACCUUUAAAAAAAAAAAAAACACCCUGAACCCUUCGUUCGCAUGGUCACACACUGAUGCUUACAUGUUCCCCAGUGUCUAAUAGGACCACAGUAGUCUUGAUAUAAUCCAAGUUAUUUCCUGCCCAUCUUUAGAAAUCUACACGGGAACAACCAGACGAGACUGGUCUGAAGCCGCUGUGUGUGUGAAUGAACACUCCCUCUUGCUUCGUAUCUGAAUGCUGCACAUCUGUUUGGAUUGUACAUUGUGUUUGUGUAUUUAUGCUUUGAUUCAUAGUAACUCCUCAUGUUAUGGAAUUGAUUUGCAUUGAACACAAACUGUAAAUAAAGAAAUAAAUGGCUGAAAGAGCA